CCGAGCUCAGCCCCUCCGCUCAAUUUGUAACCACCAGCAACAGAGGCGCUGGGCUGCGCGAGCGAAUCGGUUCACUUGUUAUUUGUGUCCAUCUGUGAAGAUAUGCAACAGAGCGGUCGCGAAGAACGCAAGAAGAGAAAUAGCGCAUUUUUUAUUUCCCGAACGUGCUGAUCUGGAUUUUUUUUUCCCCCCCGACUCGCUGGUCAUCAAUGAGCAAUCUAUGACUGCCAUUCAAGACAAGCCGUAGCCGCACAGUCACAGGGCUGAAAAGCCUUUUUCCCCCUCUUUUAUAUAUAUAACAAACAGUGCGCUUGUUCUCCUCCCCCCCGUCCUCCUGCCUGGCUUGUUCUGAGAGAGGCGAGGCAUCGGGAGGACGGCACCGGACGGUCGUCCGGCAUCCAGCACUUCGCACUGAUUUGUUAUUUUUAUUCUGUUUUUUUUUCUUUUUUUUUUUUUUAAAUUUUUGACCGGUCCUUUCAGUCAGCUAUGCUUUCUUUGACUGCAAAAGUGUUGACGACUGUGUUGCUUUUCAUUGAAUUCUUGCAGAGUUUGGAGGUUUUUUCUCCCACCAGGGCCAUUGACGGCUCGAAGACAUGCAACCCCAAGCACUUUGCGUGUAUGGACCAGGUGACCUGCAUCUCCAAGGGCUGGCGCUGCGAUGGGGAGAAGGACUGUCCCGAUGGCUCCGAUGAGGACCCUGACAUCUGCCCGCAGAGCCAGAAAUUGCAGUGCCCCCCCAACGAGUUCCAGUGCCUGGGCACAGAAGUGUGCAUCCACAUGAGCAAGCUGUGCAACGGAGUGCAUGACUGCCCGGACAGACGGGACGAGGGCCCACACUGCCGAGCGCUAGCGUCCAACUGCACGCACUUUGGCUGCCAGCACAACUGCUCAGUGAUGGUGACAGGACCAGCGUGCUACUGCCAGCAUGCCUACGAGAUCAACACAGACGGCAAGACGUGUAGAGAUUUUGAUGAGUGCGCGGUAUAUGGGACCUGCAGCCAGACUUGCACCAACAGCGAAGGCUCCUACACCUGCAGCUGUGUGGAGGGCUACUUGCUACAGCCAGACAACCGGUCCUGCAAGGCCAAGAACGAUCCAGUAGACCGUCCAGCUGUGCUGCUCAUCGCCAGCUCUCAGAACAUCCAGGUCACGUCGCUGAGUGUCACCUCGGCCCAUAGUUUGCUGUCCACCGCAACCAAGCAGACCACUGCCAUGGACUUCAUCUACGCCAAAGAGACUGUCUGCUGGAUCCAUGUGGGCGACUCGGCCAGCAGUACCCACUUGAAAUGUGCCAAAAUCCCCAACUUGAAGAGUUUUGCCGAAGAGAGGACCAUCAACAUCUCUCUCAGCCUGCACCAUGUCGAACAAAUGGCCAUCGACUGGCUGACAGGAAAUUUCUACUUUGUGGACAACGCUGAUGAUCGCAUCUUUGUCUGCAAUAAGGAUGGGACAACCUGUGUCACAUUGCUGGACCAGGAGCUGUACAGCCCCAAAGGAAUUGCUCUGGAUCCCACCAUGGGGAAGGUGUUCUUCACAGACUACGGGCAGAUCCCCAAGGUGGAGCGGUGCGACAUGGACGGACAGAACCGCACCAAGCUCGUUGACAGCAAGAUAGUCUUCCCCCACAGCAUCACGCUGGACCUGGUCAGCAGGCUGGUGUACUGGGCUGACGGCUACCUGGAUUACAUCGAGGUCGUGGACUACGAGGGCAAGAACCGGCACACCAUCAUCCAAGGACCGCUGAUUGAGCAUCUCUAUGGCCUGACUGUGUUUGAGAACUACCUGUAUGCCACCAACUCGGACAAUGCCAACAUGCAGCCUAAGACCAGCGUGAUUCGAGUUAACCGCUUCAACAGCUCCGACUACCAGCUGGUCAUCCGAGUAGAAAAGGGAGGCCCCCUGCACGUGUACCACCAGCGACGCCAACCUCCAGUGCGAAGCCACGCUUGCGAACCAGACCAGUUUGGGAAGCCGGGCGGCUGCUCAGACAUCUGUCUCCUUGGAAACAGCCAUAAGUCCCGUGCCUGUCGCUGCCGCUCAGGCUUCAGUCUCGGCAGCGAUGGCAAAUCCUGCAAGAAGCCUGAGCAUGAGCUCUUCUUGGUCUAUGGGAAGGGGCGACCAGGCAUCAUCCGUGGCAUGGAUAUGAACACCAAGGUGCCGGACGAGUACAUGAUCCCCAUCGAGAACCUGAUGAACCCCCGAGCCUUGGAUUUCCAUGCCGAGAGCGAGUUCAUCUACUUCGCUGACGCUACCAGCUACAUCAUUGGAAGGCAAAAAAUUGAUGGCACGGAGAGGGAUGUCAUCCUGAAAGAAGGAAUCCACACUGUGGAGGGGAUUGCUGUGGACUGGAUGGCUGACAAUCUCUACUGGACAGAUGAUGGUCCCAAGAAGACCAUCAGCGUAGCACGUUUGGAGAAGGCCUCCCAAACACGCAAGACGCUCGUUGAGGGCAAGAUGACCCACCCCCGUGCCAUUGUGGUGGACCCACAACAUGGGUGGAUGUACUGGACAGACUGGGAGGAGGACCCGAAGGAGAGCAAAAGAGGCAAGAUUGAGAAAGCCUGGAUGGACGGCUCCAACCGGCAAGUCUUCCUCACUUCCAAAACAGUCCUGUGGCCCAACGGUCUGAGCCUGGACAUUCCACGGGGCGUCUUAUACUGGGUGGACGCCUAUUACGACCGCAUUGAGAUGGUCAACCUCAACAACACAGAGCGCAAGCCGGUGUAUGAAGGACAGGAGCUCAACCAUGCCUUUGGCCUGUCUCACUAUGCCAACUUCCUCUUCUGGAAUGAAUACCGGAGCGGCAGCAUCUACAAGCUGGACCAGAACACGAAGACUGUUACCCUGCUGCGCAGUGAGCGUCCCCCCAUCUUCGAGAUCCGCACAUACGAUGCCCAGCAGCAACAAGGAUCCAAUGUAUGCCGUGUGAACAACGGCGGCUGCAGCAGCCUGUGCCUGGCCACACCAGGAAGCCGCCAGUGCGCCUGCGCAGAUGACCAGCUGCUUGAUGUGGACAAUGUGAGCUGCAGAGCAAACCCAUCCUACAUCCCUCCACCUCAGUGCCAGCCUGGAGAGUUUGCCUGCAAGAACAACCGGUGCAUCCAAGAGCGCUGGAAGUGUGACGGGGACAAUGACUGCCUGGACAACAGCGAUGAGGCCUCGGAUCUCUGCUUCCAGCACACCUGCCCUGCUGACCGCUUCAAGUGCCAGAACAACCGCUGCAUCCCACAACGCUGGCUGUGUGACGGGGACAAUGACUGCGGCAACAACGAGGAUGAGUCCAACACCACCUGCUCAGCCCGGACUUGUCCCCCAAAUCAGUUUUCCUGUGCCAGCGGUCGCUGCAUCCCCCUUUCUUGGACGUGCGACCUGGACGAUGACUGCGGAGACCGGUCCGAUGAGACUGCUUCCUGUGCCUACCCCACCUGCUUCCCCCUGACGCAGUUCACAUGCAGCAGCGGGCGCUGCAUCAGCAUCAACUGGCGCUGCGAUAACGAUAAUGACUGUGGGGACAACAGCGACGAGUUGGGCUGCAGCCACUCCUGCUCCAGCACGCAGUUCAAAUGCAACAGCGGUCGCUGCAUCCCCGAGUACUGGACCUGCGACGGGGACAACGACUGCGGCGACUACAGCGACGAGACCCACGCCAACUGCACCAACCAGGCCACGCGCCCUCCUGGCGGGUGCCAUGUGGACGAGUUCCAGUGCCGCAUCGAUGGGCUCUGCAUCCCCAUGCGCUGGCGCUGCGAUGGUGACACUGACUGCAUGGACCUGAGUGACGAGCGGAACUGUGAGGGCGUCACACAGAUGUGUGACCCAGAUGUCAUGUUCAGCUGCAAGGAUUCCACGCGCUGCAUAAGCAAGACUUUGGUCUGCGACGGUGACAGUGACUGCGAGGACAACUCCGAUGAGGAAAACUGCGAGGCGCUGGCCUGCAAGCUUUCCCACCACGCCUGUGCCACUCACAGUAACAUCUGCCUGCCAGCUGAGAAGCUGUGCGAUGGCAACGAAGACUGUCCAGAUGGGUCUGACGAGAAGCUUUGCGAUCUGUGCUCCCUUGCCAACGGCGGCUGCAGCCACAACUGCUCAAUUGCCCCCGGAGAAGGCAUCGUCUGCUCCUGCCCCCUGGGGAUGGAGCUGGGUGCCGACAACAAGACCUGCAGGAUCCAGAGCUUGUGUGCCAAGCACCUGAGGUGCAGCCAGCGCUGUAAGCAGGAAAAGCUCAGUGUCAAGUGUUCCUGCUACGAGGGCUGGGUCCUGGAGCCUGACAUGGAGAGCUGCAAGAGCACGGAUCCUUUCAAGCCCUUUAUUAUAUUCUCCAAUCGCCACGAGAUCCGGCGCAUUGACCUCCACAAGGGCGAGUUCAGCGUUCUGGUCCCCGGCCUCCGCAACACCAUCGCCUUGGACUUCCACCUCAACCAGAGCACCCUCUACUGGACAGAUGUGGUGGAUGACAAGAUCUAUCGCGGCAAGCUGUCGGAAAACGGCGCCCUGACCAGUUUCGAGGUGGUGAUUCAGUACGGCCUGGCAACUCCUGAGGGCCUGGCAGUGGACUGGAUUGCUGGCAACAUCUACUGGGUGGAGAGCAACCUGGACCAGAUUGAGGUCGCCAAGCUGGAUGGCACCAUGAGGACCACGCUUCUGGCUGGAGAAGUAGACCACCCUCGCGCUAUUGCCCUUGACCCCCGAUAUGGCAUCCUCUUCUGGACAGACUGGGAUGCCAGCAUGCCCAGGAUCGAGGCAGCCUCCAUGAGUGGCCAGGGGAGGCACACCAUACACAAGGAGACGGGCAGCGGUGGCUGGCCUAACGGGCUCACUGUGGAUUACCUGGAGCUGCGCAUCCUCUGGAUUGAUGCCAGGUCAGAUGCCAUCUACUCUGCUCAAUAUGACGGCUCCGGGCUGAUCGAGGUGCUCCGGGGACACGAGUACCUGUCACAUCCCUUUGCGGUCACCAUGUACGGGGGAGAGGUGUACUGGACGGACUGGCGCACUAACACACUGGCCAAAGCCAACAAGUGGACCGGGCACAGUGUUACCGUGGUGCAAAAGACCAACACGCAGCCAUUUGACCUACAGGUCUACCAUCCUUCCAGGCAGCCCCAGGCACCGAACCCUUGUGCUGCCAAUGGAGGAAAGGGCCCCUGUUCGCACCUCUGCCUCAUCAAUUACAACCAGACCUUCUCCUGCGCCUGCCCACACCUCAUGAAGCUCCAUUCGGACAAUCAUACCUGCUACGAGUCGCGGCAGUUCCUGUUGUACGCCCGGCAGAUUGAGAUCCGAGGAGUGGAUUUGGACCACCCCUAUUACAACUACAUCAUCUCUUUCACUGUGCCGGACAUUGUCAACGUGGUGGCGGUGGACUACGAUGCCCGUGAGCAACGCAUCUACUGGUCUGAUGUGCACGCACAAGCCAUCAAGAGGGCCUUCAUCAAUGGCACUGGGGUUGAGACGGUUGUGUCUGCUGACCUACACAACGCCCAUGGACUUGCAGUGGACUGGGUCUCUAGAAACUUGUUCUGGACCAGCUACGAUACCAAUAAGAAGCAGAUCAAUGUCGCACGGCUGGAUGGCUCUUUCAAGAAUGCCGUCAUCCAGGGUCUGGACAAGCCACACUGCCUGGUCCUGCACCCUGUCCUUGGGAAACUGUACUGGACAGAUGGAGACAACAUUAGUACCGCCAACAUGGAUGGCAGCAAUCACAACGUGUUGUUCACCAAUCAGAAAGGUCCAGUGGGUCUGUCCAUUGACUAUGAUACCGAACACCUGUACUGGAUUAGUUCUAUGAACAGCACCAUCAACCGCUGCAAACUGGAUGGCAGUGGGUUGGAGGUCAUAGAAAAUGUCAAAGGCAAACUGAGCAAGGCUACCGCAUUGGCCAUCAUGGGAGACAAACUGUGGUGGGCUGACCAGUCCACAGAUCAGAUCGGGACCUGUGACAAGGAGGACGGGAGAAACUGGAAGGUCCUGAGAAACAACACCUCUCCCAUGAUGCAUAUGAAGAUCUAUAAUGAGACUGUGCAGACAGGGACCAACAUGUGUAGCAAGAACAAUGGAGGCUGCUCCCAGCUGUGCUUGCCCACCUCACCCACCACUCGUGCCUGCAUGUGCACAGCUGGCUACAGCCUGCAGAGCGGACAGCAGUCUUGUGAGGGAGUGGGAUCUUUCCUGCUAUACUCAGUGCAUGAAGGAAUUCGUGGGAUUCCUCUGGAGCCAUCUGACAAAUCUGAUGCACUAGUGCCACUCUCGGGCACUUCCUUGGCUGUAGGAAUCGACUUUCACGCCGAAAAUGACACUAUCUACUGGGUUGACAUGGGCCUAAGCACUAUUGGCCGAGCCAAGAGAGACCAGACGUGGCGUGAGGAAGUUGUGACCAACGGCAUUGGCCGUGUGGAGGGCAUUGCUGUGGACUGGAUUGCAGGGAACAUUUACUGGACUGAUCAAGGUUUUGAUGUGAUCGAGGUGGCCAGGCUGAAUGGGUCCUUCCGCUAUGUUGUCAUCUCACAGGGUCUGGACAAGCCCCGUGCCAUUGCAGUGCACCCGGAGAAGGGAUACUUGUUUUGGACUGAGUGGGGUCAGUACCCACGCAUUGAGAGGUCCCGGCUGGAUGGAUCCCAGAGGGCCGUUCUUGUCAAUGUCAGCAUCAGCUGGCCUAAUGGUAUCUCCAUUGAUUACCAGGAGGGCCUGCUGUACUGGUGUGAUGCACGAAUGGACAAAAUUGAGCGCAUUGAUCUGGAAACUGGCGAGAACAGGGAAGUGGUGCUAGCCACCAACAACAUGGACAUGUUUUCCAUCUCUGUCUUUGAAAACUACAUCUACUGGAGUGAUAGGACUCAUGCAAAUGGUUCCAUCAAGAGGGGGAGCAAGGACAACGCCAGUGACGCCGUGUCUCUGAGGACUGGUAUUGGGGUGCAGCUGAAGGACAUUAAGGUCUUCAAUAAAGCCAGGCAGCAAGGAACAAACAUCUGCAAGAACGACAAUGGUGGUUGCCAGCAGUUGUGCCUCUACCGCGGUAAUGGCCAGCGCACCUGCGCGUGUGCUCACGGGAUGCUGGCAGAGGACGGCCGCAGCUGCCGAGACUACGACGGCUACCUGCUGUACUCGGAGCGCACCAUCCUAAAGAGCGUACACCUGUCGGACGAGAGCAACCUCAACGCUCCCAUCAAGCCCUUCGAGGACCCCGAGCACAUGAAGAACGUCAUCGCCUUAAGUUUCGACUACCGCGGCGGUGGCGGCAAAGGCGCAAACCGUAUCUUCUUUAGCGACAUCCACUUUGGCAACAUCCAACAGAUAAAUGACGAUGGCUCCAACCGCAAGACCGUGGUGGAAAACGUGGGGUCAGUCGAAGGACUUGCCUACCACCGGUCAUGGGACACACUGUAUUGGACCAGCUACACGACUUCCACCAUCACAAGGCACACUGUGGACCAGAGUCGCUGGAGGGCUUUUGACCGUGAGACUGUGGUGACCAUGUCUGGAGAUGACCACCCACGUGCCUUUGUGCUUGAUGAGUGCCAUGACCUCAUGUUCUGGACCAAUUGGAACGAGCAGUCCCCCGGUAUCAUGCGGGCAUCGCUGUCAGGGGCAAAUGUGCUGGUGAUCGUUGGCACCAACAUCCGCACCCCCAAUGGCCUGGCCAUCGACCACCGUUCCAAAAAGCUCUACUUCUCCGAUGCCACACUGGACAAAAUUGAGCGCUGCGAGUAUGAUGGCAGCCACCGCUACGUGGUUCUGACGAACGAGCCUGUGCACCCAUUCGGACUCGCCGUCUAUGGGGACUACAUCUUCUGGACGGACUGGGUGCGGAGGGCUGUGCUCAGAGCUGACAAGUAUGUCGGCGUGAACAUAAAAGUGCUGCGCACCGACAUCCCCCAGCCAAUGGGCAUCAUCGCUGUGGCCAAUGACACAAAUAACUGCGAGUUGUCCCCUUGCGUGAACAACGGAGGCUGUCAGGACCUGUGUCUGCUGACCCCCGAGGGCCGGGUCAACUGCAGCUGUCGCGGAGACCGCAAAUUACAGGAUGACAACACCUGCGUAGCUCAGAACACCUCGUGCAGCAGUGUGGACGAGUUUGAGUGCGGCAACGGAGACUGCAUCAACUACAAUCAGACCUGUGACGGCAUGGCCAACUGCAAGGACAAGUCUGAUGAAAAGCAGUCGUACUGCACCACCCGUGUGUGCAAGAAAGGCUACCGGCGCUGCAUGAAUGGACGCUGCGUCAGCUACCGCUUCUGGUGCAACGGAGCUGACGACUGCGGGGACAACUCGGACGAGCUCGGGUGCAAUGUGACUCUCUGCACGGCGAAUGAGUUCCGGUGUCGAGACGGAAGCUGCAUCAGCAACUCCAGCCGCUGCAACCAGAUGGUGGACUGCGAGGAUGCCACCGACGAGAUGAACUGCGCUGCUACCGACUGCUCCAGUUACUUCCGCCUCGGAGUGAAGGGUGUGACCUUCCAGAAGUGUGAGAUGACCACGCUGUGCUAUGCGUCUUCGUGGGUGUGUGACGGUUCCAACGACUGCGGGGACUUUUCUGACGAGAGAAACUGCCCAGACAAAAAGAAAAUAAAAUGUCCACCAAACUACUUUGCCUGCCCCAGCGGGCGCUGCAUCCCCCUGAGCUGGACCUGCGACAAGGAGAACGACUGUGAGAAUGGAGCGGAUGAGACACAUUGUGACAAAUUUUGCUCCCCUACACAGUUUGAGUGUGGAAAUCACCACUGCAUCUCCAAACGCUGGCUGUGCGAUGGGACAGAUGACUGUGGGGACGGCACCGAUGAGGGUGACAUAUGCAAGUCCAAAACCUGCAGCCCGGAAGCCUUCCACUGCCCCAACUCCCACGUGUGUGUCCCACUGCGUUGGAAGUGUGAUGGAGACAAAGACUGUCCGGACGGAGCAGAUGAGAGCGCCGUAGCUGGCUGUGUGUUCAACAACACAUGUGACGAGAACGAGUUCAUGUGUCAGAACAGACAGUGCAUUCCCAAACACUUCAUGUGCGACCACGAUGUUGACUGUUUGGAUGGCUCAGACGAAUCUCCAGAGUGCGAGUACCCAACUUGUGGGCCGGAGGAGUUCCGCUGUGCCAGCGGUCACUGCCUCGUUCGCAAGAACUGGGUGUGUGAUGGCGAGUACGAUUGCCUUGACCGUUCGGAUGAAGCCCCAAAGAACCCUAGCUGCAGCGACUCAGUGCAGAGUUGCAAUGGUUCAGCUUACAUGUGCAAGAAUGGCCAGUGUGUGAAUGAAACGCUGCUGUGCAACCACAACGAUGACUGCGGCGACGGCUCAGAUGAGCUCAACUGCUUUAUCAACGAGUGUCUGAACAGUGAGCUGAGCGGCUGCUCACAGCUCUGUGAGGACCUCAAGGUUGGAUACAAGUGCAGGUGCCAGCCCGGCUUCCAGCUUAAGAAGGACAGGAAGACGUGUGUGGAUAUUGAUGAGUGCCGGACAACGUACCCCUGCUCCCAGCGUUGCAUCAACACCUAUGGCAGCUUCCACUGUUUGUGCGUGGAGGGCUAUGAGCUGCAUCCCAAUGACCCCACCUCCUGCAAGUCAACCUCAAAGGAGGAACCUUUUCUUAUAUUUGCAAACCGCUACUACUUGAGGAAGCUCAACUUGGAUGGCUCUGACUAUACCCUCAUCAAGCAGGGCCUGAACAACGCCGUGGCCCUCGACUUCCACUAUGCUGAGCAGAUGAUCUACUGGACGGAUGUGACCACACAAGGCAGUAUGAUCCGGCGCAUGAACAUCAACGGCAGCAAUGUUCAGGUCUUGCACCGCACCUCCCUCAGCAACCCGGACGGGCUGGCAGUGGACUGGGUGGGAGGGAACCUUUACUGGUGCGACAAGGGCCGGGACACGAUUGAGGUGUCCAAGCUGAAUGGCAGCUACAGAAAGGUGCUCAUCAACAGUGGUCUACGGGAGCCGCGUGCCGUGGCCGUGGACGUGAGGAAUGGGUAUCUGUACUGGUCUGACUGGGGUGACAACCCUCACGUCGGGCGGAUCGGCAUGGAUGGCACCAACCGCAGCAUCGUCAUCCAGGACCACAUCACCUGGCCCAACGGCCUCGCGCUCGACUUCAUCAACGACCGCAUCUACUGGGCUGACGCUCGCGAGGAUUACAUCGCGUUCGCCAAUCUGGACGGCAGCAACCGCCACACAGUGCUAAACCAGGAUAUCCCCCACAUCUUUGCGAUGACGCUCUUUGAGGAGUACAUCUACUGGACCGACUGGGAGACCAAGUCCAUCAAUAGGGCCCACAAAACCCUGGGCACCAACAAGACUAUGCUCAUCAGCACCCUGCACCGGCCCAUGGACAUCCACAUCUACCACCCCUAUCGCCAGCCUGAGGCGCCCAACCACCCCUGUCAGGUUGACAACGGGGGCUGCAGCAACCUGUGCCUACUGUCCCCCGGAGGAGGGUACAAAUGCGCCUGUCCCUCCAACUUCUACCUGGCCAAAGACGGGCGCCAGUGUCUGUCCAACUGCUCGGCCAGUCAGUUUGUGUGCAAGAACGACAAGUGCAUCCCGUUCUGGUGGAAGUGUGACACGGAGGACGACUGCGGGGACGGGUCCGAUGAGCCGGCUGACUGUCUCGACUUCAAGUGCAGGCCUGGGCAGUUCCAGUGCGGCACAGGGAUCUGCACGAACCCAGCCUACAUCUGCGAUGGAGACAACGACUGCCAGGAUAACUCUGAUGAGGCCAACUGCGACAUCCACGUGUGCCUGCCCAGCCAGUUCAAGUGCACUCAGCCCAGCCGCUGCAUCCCCGGCAUCUUCCGCUGCAACGGCCAGGAUAACUGCGGGGAUGGGGAGGACGAGCGAGACUGCCCUGAGGUCACUUGCGCCCCCAACCAGUUCCAGUGCGCCAUCACCAAGCGCUGCAUUCCUCGAGUGUGGGUGUGCGACCGUGACAACGACUGCGUGGACGGCUCGGACGAACCCGCCAACUGCACUCAGAUGACCUGCGGGGUGGACGAGUUCCGAUGCAAGGACUCCGGACGCUGCAUCCCAGCACGCUGGAAGUGUGAUGGAGAGGAUGACUGCGGAGAUUCCUCAGAUGAGCCCAAGGAGGAGUGCGAUGAGCGCACGUGUGAGCCCUACCAGUUCCGUUGUAAAAACAACCGCUGCGUGCCGGGCCGAUGGCAGUGCGACUACGACAAUGACUGCGGGGACAACUCUGACGAGGACAAGUGCGUGCCUCGGCAGUGCUCUGAGAGCGAGUUUGCCUGCACCAACGGUCGCUGUAUCGCCGGGCGCUGGAAGUGCGAUGGAGAUCACGACUGUGCGGAUGGAUCUGAUGAGAACGGCUGUGACCUGAAGUGUGACAUCGACCAGUUCCAGUGCAAGAACGGUCACUGCAUCCCGAACCGCUGGCGCUGCGAUGCCGAUGCUGACUGCAUGGAUGGGAGCGACGAGGAGAACUGUGAGAGCGGAGCGGGACGCCACUGUCCCUUGGACGAGCUUCAGUGCAACAACACCCUGUGCAAGCCUCUGGCCUGGAAGUGCGACGGGGAGGAUGACUGCGGGGACAACUCUGAUGAGGACCCAGAGGAGUGCAAGAAAUUCCAGUGUCCGCCAACUAGGGGAUUCCGGUGCCACAACAAUCGCGUCUGUCUGUGGAUCGGCAAGCAGUGCGAUGGCGUCGACAACUGCGGGGACAACACAGAUGAGCUGAACUGCCACCUGCCCCCAGCCAUACCCACCUGCGAGAAGGACGAGUUCAUGUGCGGCAACGGCAAGUGCAUCAGCUCCAACCUGCGCUGCAACUUCUUCAACGACUGCGAGGACUACGGCUCCGAUGAAAUCGGCUGCAAGAAAGACAACUCGCUGAACAGCUGCCGCAACAACAACAACCAGUGCGGGGACGGUGACGAGGCUCACUGCGUCGCCAACGGCACGGACGCCUUCUGCUCUUGCAAACCUGGCUUCCAGAAGACGGGCCACAACAGCUGCGAAGACAAGAAUGAAUGCCAGCAGUUUGGGAUCUGCUCCCACAUCUGCAACAACACCAAGGGGUCCUACAAGUGCAGCUGCCACAAGUACUUCACCAAGAUCAACGACACCUGCAAGGCCGACAGUCUAAAUAGCAGCCGGCAGGUGCUGUACAUUGCCGACGACAACGAGAUCCGCAGCUUGGACCCUGGGGUGCCCAACUGGGUGUACGAGCAGACGUUUCAGGGUGACGCCAACGUGCGUAUUGAUGCCAUGGACCUCCACGUGAAGUCCAACAAGAUCUUCUGGACUAACUGGCACACAGGCCGCAUCUCCUACUACGAACUUCCAGCCUCUUCAACCUCCCCGCCCAACCGCAACCGGAGGCAGAGCGAGACCGGCGUCGUGGACCUGGAGAUCCCUGGUUUAAAGAUGCCUCGUGGGAUUGCAGUCGAUUGGGUCGCUGGCAACAUCUACUGGACAGAUUCUGGUCGGGAUGUGAUUGAAGUGGCUCAGAUAAGUGGCUUAAACUACAAGACCCUGAUCUCGGGGAUGAUCGAUGAACCCUACGCCAUUGUGGUAGAUCCACAGAGAGGAACAAUGUACUGGGCAGACUGGGGAAACCACCCAAAGAUCGAGACCGCAGCUAUGGAUGGCACCCUGCGAGAAACUCUGGUCCAGCAGAACAUCCAGUGGCCCACAGGCCUGGCUGUGGACUACUUCAAUGAGCGGCUGUACUGGGCGGAUGCCAAGCUGUCGGUGAUCGGCAGCGUGCAGCUCAACGGCAGCGAUCCCGUGGUGGCCGUCUCCAGCCUCAAGAACAAGCUCCACCAUCCGUUCAGCAUCGACAUCUUUGAGGACUACAUCUACGGCGUCACCUACGCCAACAACAUUGUUUUCCGCGUCAACAAGUUUGGCAAGGGACCCAUGGAGAACCUGACCACUGGCAUCAACCAUGCCACGGAUAUUGUCCUCUACCACCGAUACAAACAGCCGGAGAUGACCAACCCAUGUGACAGGAAGAAGUGCGAGUGGCUGUGUCUGCUGAGCCCCAGUGGCCCGGUCUGCACCUGCCCCAAUGGCCACACUCUAGAUAACGGCAUCUGCGUGGUGUCCUCCCCAACGUUGUCGCCUCCCUCUCCGCCCGCUGGAACCUGCAACCUGCAGUGCCGGAACGGGGGUAGCUGCUUCCUCAACGCCCACAAGCAGCCCAAGUGCCGCUGCCAGCCCAACUACCGAGGCGAGAGGUGCGAGGUGGACCAGUGCCGGGACCACUGCCACAACGGAGGCACCUGCGCGGCUUCCUCCACAGGAUAUCCCACCUGCCGCUGCCCUGUCGGCUUUACCGGCCCCACCUGCAACCAACGCACCUGUAUGGACUACUGUCUGAACAAGGGCAUCUGCUCCGUGUCCCAGGGCAACCAGCCCACCUGCAGCUGCCCCCCAGGCUUCCUCGGGGACAAGUGCCAGUACAGCCAGUGUGAGGGCUACUGCAUCAAUGAAGGCACUUGCAUGCAGACCAGCGACGGCACCAGGCAGUGUGUCUGCCCCCCCAAGUUCACCGGGCGCACCUGCGAGGUGGACAAGUGUCUGUACUGUGGGAACGGCCGCUGCCUCCACAGCGGCGCCCACCGGAGAGGAGAAGUCACCUGCAACUGCACCAACGGGAGAGUGCAGGCCAGCUGCUACACCUGCAGCGACUUCUGUGUGAAUGGACUGUGCAGUUCGAACCCGCGCACACAGCUGCCCGAGUGCCAGUGUCACUCGGGGUGGGCCGGCCAUCGCUGCAACGCCGUCGACACCUCCAAGGAGCCCUCGGUCAAGAGCAGCACGGGCAGCGCCUCCAUCGUCAUUCCCCUGCUGAUGCUGCUCUUGCUCAUACUGCUGCUGGCUGGCGCUAUCUUGUGGUACAAAAAGAGAACGCAUGGGGCCAAGGGGUUCCAGCACCAGAGGAUGACCAACGGCGCCAUGAACGUGGAGAUCGGGAACCCAGCGUACAAGAUUUACGAAGGGGAACCCGAUGACGACGCGGGAGAACUCUUGGACUCAGAUUUCUCCCUGGACCCUGACAAGCCCACUAACUUCACGAACCCGGUGUAUGCCACCCUGUACAUGGGAGCCCACAGCAGCCGCAAUUCCCUGGCCAGCACCGAUGAGAAGAAGGAGCUGCUGGCGCGGGGGGACGAGGACAUGGGGGACCCUCUGGCAUAGAGCGGCCCUUCAGCCAAGUGCCCUCAACCCGUCGGCCCCGCCCUUUUUGCCUUUAUAAAGAAAAAAACAAAAAAAAAAAAAGCAAGGACACUGUAUAAAAAUGUACAAAAUGAAGGACUACUUUUCUAUGUGAAUGCAGUAUUAUAUUUUAUUCCGGAAAAUUCUUCUGCUCAAAACAGAAAACAUUUUUCUAUUCGGCUUUUUUUUUUUUUUUUUAAAACUCUCCGUUCCACCCUCACCCCAACUCGACCCUUUCGCAGAAAUAGCCGCUACCUCUGUGCAAAAUAAGAGCGAGAAGUAGAUCAACAUUGGAACAAUUAAAAUUUUUUAUUUUUGUAUGAAUUGUAUAGGGGGAAAAAAAAAUUGUUCCAUUUUUGAGAGAAAUUAUGUACCUGCUUGUAGCGACUGUGGGGGAACCAUCUCAAAGCUCCAAGGAGUUUAGGGUACGGAUUUGAGCGUGUUAAUGUAGGACGGGGCGUGUGUGUCAAGGUCACGCUGGAGACCCUGAAGGUGCGUAGUGUGAGGCUGCGUGUGAAACAUGCAUUUCUAGGCAUUAUUAGCUUUUCCACAUGAUCUCAGAGAAAUAUGUUCAAGAUUGUUUUUUUUUUUUUUUUUUUUCCCUCCUUGCACAGACUAAAAUUUUAUAUAUUUACAUAUACAGUAUAUGAACCUGUUAAGUGUCUGGAAAGUAUACUAAGGAAUACGGUCAAACGCUGUAUUUUUAAAAAAAGAAAAAAAGCAGUAUAUUUGUUCUAUCAUGUUAAUUUUUUUCAGGCUCACGUUGUUCGAACGGCCUGGUGGCGUCAAGACCGAACAAGUGAGUGAAUGAGUUGUUGAGAUGAAUGAAUGAGUGUCGCGAUAGUUCUGGAACAUUCCGUCAGCGAUGCUUACAAGGCGGAGGGCUUAGGCCUCCGAAUCGGGGGUAGGAGCCCUGGACGCUUUCACACACCUGAGUAACGGGAGGGUUUGGGACUGGGGCCUGGACCGCAGGGUGUCCGCUGGACGAACCUGAAAGGACGGUAAACAGCAUGGUAAAGCAAGGUCCUGCCUCCGGCUCGGUGUCCUCCCCUGGCCUGUCUUUCUGUUGCCGUGCUGCUAACCCCCCCCCCCCCCCCCGUCUGCCCUGACACGUUCUGUAGCUCAGCCACUCAUGCUGCUGGGAAAGCUGCUUCUACUGGAGGUUAUCAGCCAUAUCUUAAUGCAUGUAAAACUAAAAUGAAAAAUGGAGUUAAAAAAAAAAAAAAAAUCACUUUGCUUACUCAGUAAAA